CCGUGUCGAAGAACAGCGUAUCCCGCAGUCAGUGAUUUGGCCCUUUUCAAGCACAUGAGGCCAAAAUUGCUUACCACAAAAAGAGACAGUGAGAAUCGUAGUAUCAGUGAUCUACCAAUUAAUACUAGCAUUAUUGAUAUUAUUAUUAUUAUUUGCCGUUUACGAUUCAUCGUUGCUUCGGUUUUCUUGUCUUCGAGUGCUCAGGACACGAACAAAAAAGUUGAAGUGCUGCAAAGUCGUUCAUCGUCCCUCCAUCAUCAACAUCCUUUGGGUGCUUCGUUUCUGAAUCUUUUCUCUCAAGGACCCGUCUCCGUUUAACCGCCAAACUGACGGCAAUACGAGAUACCUAUGACUACCCGGACUACGGGCCCACCAUCGGCUAUCACAAUGUGCCAACCAGUGGUGGGGGGCAACAUAGCCCAGGUGGCAUGCUUGCCAUGGAGUCCUCCCCUGACCUGAAAGGGGAAUAUCCCAAGUACGGCUCGGGUCCGAUGGGUCCAUCGGGCACGUUGACCUCCUUGGGAUCGCUGGUCUCUCACCCCUCCCACACCUCUUCCCUAUAUUCGGCCGCUGCUAUGGCCGGAUAUGGGAACUACAGCCAUCAUAUACCUCCAGCUUCACAUUCGCCCACAGACUAUACCAAAUCCACCCUUUCUCAUCACCAAACCCAGUUGCCUCAAAAUUCGCCCACUCUGUCCAGCGGUUCGGGCGGUCCAUCGCCCACCCCUUCCCAUAACAACAACAUCAAAGGACUGGGAUCCAAGGCUCAAGACGACAAGAACAACCCGGAUCGUGUGAAGCGACCUAUGAAUGCUUUCAUGGUGUGGAGUCGUGGGCAGAGGCGGAAGAUGGCUCAAGAAAAUCCUAAGAUGCACAAUUCGGAAAUCUCCAAGCGUCUUGGAACGGAAUGGAAGACUUUGUCAGAAAGUGAGAAGAGACCUUUCAUUGACGAGGCCAAACGACUACGUGCCCUCCACAUGAAGGAACACCCUGAUUACAAGUACAGGCCGAGACGAAAGACCAAAACGUUAAUGAAGAAAGAAAAAUACCCGCUUACUGGCGGAUUAAUACCCGGAGAUCCUUCCCGAGCUAACUCUCAGUCAAGUGCAGUGGCGGCGAGAGAUAUGUACAGCUCCAUGAACGGGUACAUGCCCAACGGGUAUCAUGGGUACGACCCAAGCAUGUACAGUCAGUCCCCGUACGCUGGAUAUGGCCGAUACGAUAGCAUGGCGGCCGCGGCGGGCAUGUAUACCUCGGGCUCCAAUGUGGCAUCGUCCUAUGUGAACGGUGCUUACUCGGCCAUGUAUGGCGGCUCCAACCCAACGGGUGGAUCGGGAAGCACAAUGGUGCCUGAUGGCUCUCCGUAUGGUUCCAUGCACGGAGGCAACCUUAGUCCCGGCCAACAGCAACAACACAGCCCUGGUUCUGUCAAGUCAGAUGCCGGUGUGUCCAUGCCCUCAGAGUCGCCAGGUGCUUACGUGAAACGGGAGGUGACUCCCCCCGCUGGAUCCGGGGAGCAUCCCAAUCAUGUACCACAUCAACAAACGGAUCUCAAUCGCAUGAUUUCCAUGUAUCUCCCUGGAGAUGCGGCCGCCGCGGCUGCGGGCGAUCCCAACGCCCAGUCUAGGAUACAAUCAAUGUACGCAGGCCACUACCAAGCCAUGGCGGCGGCGGUCGGACCUCCCCCGCCCGGUCAUCACCAUCCGGGUCAUCCAUCCGUGGGAUCAGAUCACAUGAGCCAUCCUCAAAUGUCCAUGGCCCACAUGUAGUAGUAAAAGAAAAAAAAAGAAGAACCAGAAAACAACCGAAGUCAUCCCCAACCCGUCGUCAUGGACACCAUGUGUCCAAAGUAUAUUCUACACAGACUCGAACCAAUCGAGGAUCACACCAGACAGCUCCGUCAAGAAGAUUCGAAAUUUUGAACACCACCUCUAAGACCCAGUAGUAGCAACACCACAAACAACAACAAUUCCUACUAUGAUAAAAAAAAACUACUUUUCCCAUGUUCCGUCUUCAACGCUCACCAUCACCAUCACCAACUUCAACAUUAUUAUCAUCAUCAUCAUCAUCAUCAUCAUCAUCAUCAUCAUCAUCAUCAUCAUAAUCAACAACUACUACUACUACAACAAUAACAACCCAGGAAGACGAAGAAAGAGAUGUCAAGACGUUGAUGAUCUGAUACGUAAAUGCUUCGGGAAAUCACUGUGAUAUUUGUUUGUGGUGUUGUCUCUAAUCCGACCGAACUGCCUGAAAUCUGCUACAGACUGAGGAGAGAACUAUGUACCAACCAUCCAUGACAAUGGCUGCAGACGUAAUCUAAAAUCAAUAUGAAAGAGCGCUCCUUCUUCAGAAUGCGAAUUGCAACAUGGUGCUGAAUCAAAUGAGAUCAAUAGUUGGUGAACAACAACCCUCUAAAUUCCAACACAUUUGGGAAGAAAUCAAUCCCAGCGUUAACCUCAACUCCGAUCUCCUCUUUUUCGGCUCGGGGGUUGCGGUUGAUUGGUUACCGGCACUUGACGCUGACGUUUGCCGUUCGAAGGAGAAUGACGGAAGACGCGCCAGCGAAGCCCCAACGGCCGGAGAGAAAAAGGAAAGGCGAUUAAGAUCGCGGUCAAAUUGAAGACGGAACUGCGGGAACCCAAGAGAUCGAGACGGAACGUGACGACGAGAAGAAACCCAUGGCAGAAUGAAUGAAUGACAUUUGCGAAACACAUUCCAAAAUUCGCACCAUGAAUAGAACAGACUAUCCUCCUCCGCAUAUUCUUUUUCGCCAUGUGGCAAGCAGUUGAAAACAGUACAACUGCGAUUCACCGUUACUUUCGAGCCAUGACCGCACUUCCGAGAUUAGGUCGCAGGAAUGCCCUGCUAUUCAAUCUCACGUCUUCAGUUUUCAUUCAUGCACUCCAAAUCGCGGGUUUUUGCUUGAAUGAAUUCGACCUACCCCAAAUAAAAGGAAACCCACAAGGAUUCAACUUCGAUCCUUCCUCCCAGACCAAAGAUAUCCCUAUACUUCUACAUCAUGGACUUCUGGCUUCGAUCCUUGCAUAACUAUUAUGCUCUUAUUUUCGCUCGAUUCCUUGAACCGCCCAUCUAUAAAAGUUCUCGUUUCGGCGAGUUAAUCUACUGGCUUAUUUGAUUUGACCUGACCAGGAACCAUUCCCCUAGAAGCUCUUCUUCUUUACCUUCUCUUCCUUAUCGUCAUGAACACCACCAAGGCCAAAACCGCCACCAUCUUGGUCUUGGUGUUCUUCCCUCCGUCAGCAUCAAGAACGCCAUCUCAGUCGUCGUCUUCUUCGUCUUCGUGGUCAUCAUCAUUGUGUACGUCGUCGUCGUCAUCACCGUCGUCGUUGUUGUCGUCAGGAUAGAACCUCAUCCUCAUCACCUCCACCAAAGCCAACACCAGCUCCAACACCAAGACCACUUCCUCCACGGAGUGAGCGGAGUGAAGGUGCAUCUCAUUUACUGUACUACUUACUAGUUCUCAUGUCGUGACAAGGCAGCUUUAUCCCUAUGGAAAUUUGAGAGUCGAUCGACGGGGGAAAACCGCGGGGGAAAAUCCACCCAACUGGGGGAAUCAAACGGAGAGCACUUCACAAAUGUUAUGUUCCACUUUGCGUUGUUCUCUUUGUUGCUGCUGAUGAAAGUGACGAAAGAAACGGUCAGGCAACAACGGCAACCUUCAUAGUUUAUAUUACAAGAAAACUGUUUGUGAUGUGUAAAUAUUUUAUACAUAAGAAGAAAAAAAAUGAAAACGUUAAUCACCGACGACAUAAUUGCCAUUUGGUGGGGCAUCGCCGAGACCAUGUCCUUGAAAGGAAACAAAUGAGGCCUCCCACUCAACAACAAUCGUUUGUCGUGAUGUUGUUGUUGGUUCAUCAAGAAGCUCUGGCCUCCUUCAGUCCUCCGUGUGAGAGUUUGUGUGUGUGGAAACAAAGGUGAAUCAUCAACUUCGUCGUCGUCGUCGUCGUCGCCGUCUUGGUCCUGCUUGCCAUCGUUAACUGUCGUCACGAUCGUCAGUCCGUGUACUACAAGAAACUCACACAUACGUACACACAAGAAGAGGAACUAACUAACUAGCUGAUCAUCAAAGACCAUUGAGCUCAUUUUUUGUCCCCCAAUAACAUGAAAUGAUUGGCCUAAGUUCAUGAUGCCGACGCUGGCUGCAGAUCCAAUCAUGCCCGACCCCACCCAUUAUCUCACUUACCAAAACAACCAACUCCCCACACCCAUCAACCCAAAAAUUGUUGUAAGUUUUAUAACCCAGUUCACCUUGAUUGUUUCCUUAAGAAGAGCCAUGAAUGAUUUUCUUGAAAUACAACACACCAACAUUCUUUUCAA